GUCUGAUCAAUGGUUCUGCGUCGCGCUGACAUCUACUGCCUCUCUGCUGCGCAUAUUUGCUGUGUUAGUGGUUUGCAUUUUGGUGUUAUGCUUCAAAUUUCGUAUAAAAACACUUGAAUUAGUUACGAAUAUGCCGAAAAAUAUACCAGAUAGGUGGCUGGAAUACAAACCUUUUGGCACGGUAAUAAAAGGUACAAAAAUUCUGCCGUUCAAAGUACCCCUGAAGGAGAUAAUCUGUGCUGGUUUGAACACAGAAGAACGAUUUACAACGUCGACGCUGGUGGAAGCAUUUCCGCGUCUCAAGUAUAUCAUCGACCUGACAAAUACAAAUCGUUACUAUGACAGACAGGAAAUUAUAAACUGCGGCAUCGAGUACGAGAAAGUUUGGGUCGCCGGUCACGAGAUACCCUCUGCGGAAGUGGUGACAAGGUUCUUUAAGUUAAUGGAUGAUUUUACGUCUGCUUGCGGUGAAGAAGACAUAAUCGGAGUUCAUUGCACGCAUGGUAUAAAUCGCACCGGAUACCUCAUUUGUAGAUAUCUUGUGCAACAAUUAGGGUGGGACCCUCAAGAGAGUUUAAAAGCGUUCGGUGAGGCUCGGGGCUACCCUAUCGAGCGUCCGAAUUACAUAAACGCGUUAACCUGUUUGCCGGAGGAGCUGGUACCGACGGAAACAGCGAAUCAACCGAAGAUACCGACCGAACAGCACACCAUCGUGGAAAGCAAGAAACGAAGAACGGAAGAGCCGGCGGUGCGCCCGAUGGGUCCGCCAGGAUACGUUCCGUUGCGUCGUUUCGCGAAGGACGGCUGCGGCCCGUUCGCGCCGCAUCCGCACCCGCCGCCGCCGCUGCCGCCGUUCGGUUUCGCGGGCCCGCCGCACCGUUUCAGGCCCAGGCCGCCGAUCCCGCCGUUGAGGGGCCCUCCUCCUAUGUACGGGCCCCGGCCGUUCAGGUACGGACCACCGCGUCCAGCCAUGCCUCCUCCGCCACCUAGACCAGGGUUCCCUACUCUAGGUUUCCCUCCACCGCCUCCGCCGCCGCCGCCGCCGCCACCGCCGGGCCCGAAUCGAACGGCCGGCGGGGCCCGACUCCCGCUUGGCCCGCCCGCUCGCCUACCUCCGCCGCCAUCCCCUCGCGCUAGACCGCGAUCCGCGAUGCUGAAACACGUGCAGUCGCAGAAGCGAAGGCACCACGUGAGAAACGGCAUCGCGUCGCUGAUUAAGAACCGCGCCGGAAUAGUCAGGCGAACCGGCCAUCCGAACAGACUGCUCCCGAAACUGUUCAAGGAACAGGACUUCACCGUGGACACGUUCGAGGAGAACCUCCUGGCCGUCGCCGGACAACCGAGGCGGUCCAAAGCCAGAUUCAAUCAGAGAAAGUGACGGCUCGCUGUCCGGCAAGCGUGACGUACUAAUUGUAAGCGUAUAAUGUAUCUAUAGUCUACAGCGUAAAUCGAACGAGAGUCGCGUCACGGUGUCGUCGUCCCCAUGUGGCGCGGAAAGACUGGAUGCGGCGCGGAACCGACGACGUCGGCGCGGCGGUGAUCGAUGGUAUAUGCUCCGACCUGCUUCGCGCGACUCGAAGGAACACGUCCUUCGAUUACUCUUCUUUUCGUUCGUUUACGUUUCUGGAUGCUGAGAUCGUGCUCGUCCCCUGCGAUCUGGAAAUACGGACGAUAUUCGCCGUAAUCGGUGUUACGGACUCUGGGGUCCUCAGGAUCGACUGGACACAGGCGUGGGCGGUGUCGGAUGGAUGAAUUAUCUAUCCUGGUAGGAACGUGAUCGAUCGGUGUCACUGAACCUGAUUGUCGGUCAAUUAUUCGGGCUGCCUGUUAACUCGGAACUCUUUGCACUCGGAGCCACUCCGACUCGGGACAUUUUCUCGGUUUCGGUACAUUUGCGAAAACCGAGACGAAUCGGUCGCCGCUUCGGCGCAUUUACGUUUUUUAGCUGCUCGUUUAAUGCGAACGAGUUUAACGCUAAACCUACCACCGUCAAAAUGACCGAUUUUUUUUUAUUUUACGAUAGUACAAACUUUGGAGACUUCUUUAGAUUAUCGAAACAAGUCUCAUGAUUAAAACUUUACAAGAUCCAAGUGAAUUCUAUCUUUUCACUCUUAUGAGUCGAUGCACGCUAAUCGUCAUUACAGGUCGGUUGGUUUAGCGUUAACAUGGUUCUUAGAAAAAGGUUUUCCGUCACAGUUACCACCCUCGAUGGCGAAACGUAUGUUGUUAUGAGACAAAAAUGAAUCCACAUGGUUGUCGCCUCGUGGCAUGGUAAUUUUUUUUUUUAGGUGAUCCGAGUGCAAUGGGAAAUUAGUAUUCCGUACGGGGAGUUUCACCUAAACCGAAUCGUCCAAUUGUCUUUUCUCCUGUAACUUGAAAUCCGAAACGUCGAUCAACGUAAGAUAACACGAAUAAAUGUUUUGUUUUUUUUAAAAGAUAUUAAAUAUGACGUAAUGCCCUGUGGAAUUGCACCGGACAAAUGAUAGAAGAUUCAUCCGUAUUUAUGUAUAUAGUUUUCUUUGAGAUAAACAGGUAUCGCCCAAGGUUUGAGGAUGAUCGAAUGAUUUUUUUUCCAUUUUCUAGCUUAUAAGGAAACUAAAUAUAUUCGCUAUUAAUUUAUGUUAACAUUUUCUUUACACGUGACAAGUCUUAUCAUUUUCUUUGCCUUUAUUGUUCAUGAGAAUAUGUGUUACGUAAGAGAGGGUAGCAAAUACCGGAUUAUGUACUGUGAAAUGUCGAAUUUUUAAUCAUUCGCAACUCGCUCGUUUCGAGGAUCGACCGUAUAUCCAAAUACUGCAUAUCCUUAUUGUUUAGUCGAUGCUAUCGCGUAAAAUAUUUGUAAAAAUUACUAAUUCUCCAAAGUAAAAAAAAACAAUAAUGAUGAUCGAUAGGGAAUUGUGUAAGCUAUAAAGUGAUAGAUAAAUAUCUACUUUGAAUUCUUUUCGUCAUUUGAACAAUAAAGUUGCUAAAGAUAGCAAACCUAAUUUUACACGAUGAGUACAAACGGAGAGAGAAAGAGAGAGAGAGAGAGAGAGAGAGAGAGAGAGAGAGAGAGAGAGAGAAAGAGAGAGGGAGAGUAUGAUUUUGACAACAUUACAUUAACGGAACCAUUUUAGUUUUGAAGCGUGAGCCCAUGCCUGUUGUCCAUGCUAAUGUACAGACUGUAAUUCGAUACUUAUGAGAGCAAUCAGGGAACCCGCAAAUUCGGCAGAUCAUGAAACAUUGAUAUACAACGGAUCAUAGGAACAAAAAAGUUACAAAAAGUUUUCAAAUUCUGCCGAAAUUUUGCGUGCCCUUAUCCCUCCUGUUAGUUUGGUAAUGGGAUGUCGCAACUACUAGAGAUAAGUAAUUUAAACCGUUAAUUUUAAUUCAGCACCUGUUCUACGUAGGUUAAGUUUACCAUAAACUCUUCAAACAGUGUAUUUAAAGAAUAAAUGUAAAGAGAAACGUUA